CUCAACGUCCGGGUCUAUUUUUACUCUUGGUUGUGUUGGGCGAAAAAUCAGGAUUUUUAUUCCGCGUUCCUUCCGCGCUGCCCUGUCGUGUCGCUCGUUAGCGCUGACGUUUUCGCGAGGACGCGACGUUGCAUUAGCAUGGAUAUUAUUCACCCGUGAGACUUGAGAGCCGAUGGGUUUUGUGCACGGGGGGGCGAGAGGCGGUUGUUGCACACGCGGGGUUAUAAAAAGGCAGGAUAACACGGGUUUCUCACACCCGUACCUAUCGCGGCGGGCGCCGCGCAUUUGCUUUCUAAGCGUACACGCUGGUGUGUGUUAUCAAGUUUCCGCGGAUAAGGUCGACACGGCGGAACUUUGUUACGAUGAACACUCGCGCGGCAUCGAUCCGCGCGCGAGUUGCCGUGUGCGAAUUAAUAGAUCCCCGGUAUUUGUACGGCGAACUGGUGAGUCCAUUCACGUAAGAGGAGUUAGUUUUCUGAAUAGAAUUAGCAUAAUCCGCUUCUCCUCUCUCUAAACACUCCGCGCGAAUCACCCGACCGAGUUGUAUUUGGUGUCUUAACGAGUUAAAACCCGGCCGGGCUAUUCAUUUUACGUUUCGGAGUACGUCCACGGUACGUCAAAGCGAAUGAAAUUUGUUUGCGUUAAUCAAAGAACAUGUAGAGCGAACGCGCGUGUUAUUACAUCUGUAUCUUCUUCAGCGGUACGUUUAUCGUUGAGAAUUUAUCAAAGCAUAUACGUCGUCCGUGUAACGUAAAAAGGGGGGGAUGCGUCGAGUUAACGUCUUCGGGGCGGUAACAAAUCGUCGAAACGUAGUAGAUCUGAGUGAGGGUAAACGACUUUGAGAGAAAGGAAGGGCUCGAGUGGAAUGAAUAAAGCUCCGUAAAAAAGUGAAGGGUCCAGUUGUAAGAGAGAUGGGGCACGAGGAGGGAAGAUUUUAAAUCGAGUGAACCAAUGUUGUUGAUGAUGCACAUCCCGCGCCAACAUCCCCCUGUGACACGGAGAAAGAGCGGGCCGGAGAUAUAAAGGGAAGAACGUUUUAUUCACAUGCAAUCGGGCGAAUCAUUGAUCGUCGAGCCGCCGACGACUGCAUGGGAAAUCGGAAAAAUCCCGGAAAAGUGGUAUUUUCCUGCGCGUUAAUAUCGAGAAUGUAUAAUUAUAUCACGGAAGCUGUACACGUGAAAUUGUGAAGCAACAAGAGAGGCACACACGGCGGAGGAAGAAAAAUGUGACCGCGAAAGAGAAGGGGCUUUGCCGUGGUGAGGGGGCAUGUUGGUGUGUCGGCGGUUGCUGCUGAUCGCAGCCGCGAUUGCGGCCUCGAUCGAGGCUGGCUCGGCUAGUUACCACCCCGGCAUUUCGUCAUCGGACUACUCCGGAUACCCGAGCGGAUACGCGGUUUACUCCGGCGCGACGUCACCCGAGUCCGCGUCGUCCUCGAGCUCGUCCACGUCCGGCCCGACGUCGGAGCCCGCAGCCAGCAACACCGAGCCGCUCUGCCGACCGUCCGAGUUCCAAUGCGGCACCACCGGACAUUGCGUCGCCCAGGACAAGUACUGCGACGGCGAGAAUGACUGCGACGACAAGUCUGACGAGCCGAGAUAUUGCACCCCCUGCAAUCGGACGUUGUACGGUGACGUAGGCCGGACCUACAGAGUGGAAAUCCGCCGACCGAGGGAGGAUCGACUGCCAUUCCUGUGUCACCUCAACUUCACUGCCGCCGGAUCUGAUCUCGGGGAUCUAGUCCAGUUAACUUUUGAUACCUUCACGGUCGGCCGCUUUCUAUCCUUUACGUCGGAAGGAUGUCCAGAUGGUUUCAUGACUAUUCGCGAGGAAGGUCGUCCUGCGACGGGAGGACAAUGGUGUGGCAGCGCGUGGGGCUACACCGUCUAUUACAGCGAAACUCCUUCCAUCAAUCUGACUUUAUAUUUACUACGUUUAUCAGAGCAGGGUAUCGGCUACAACUUCGACUUCAAGCUGUCGUACAAGUUCCUGAGAAGAAGCGAGGCGCAUCUCAGAUACGGAAACAGCAGUAUGUCCACAUGGCGCGGCGAGUUGGUGAACGGCACGUAUUGCGAUCGCGUCCUCACUAAAUGCGAUACUAGAGCCUGCCGGCUGCAGUCGCCGAAUUAUCCCGGAGUUUACCCCAGGAAUGUCACUUGCUACUAUCGGGUGGAGCAAAACCGCGCGCCGGUGGGUCAUCGGGCUCUACUUGCCGUUAGUCAGCGUAACAGUCACAAGAUACACAUUAAGGAUCAGGUAGUGAAGUACGACAGAAGUCAGCGAGUACUAAGGGUGUGGGAUCAGUGCAACGUCGUGCAGGAUUACUUAACGGUAUACGAUGGAGGUUCAACCUCAGACCGAGUGCUUGUAAGGCUGUGCGGGGGAGAUGCGGUGCCAGACAUCAUCAGCAGUCACAAUACCAUGUUGUUAGAGUUCCACACGUCCCCGUACGACAAUCCGUUUCAUCCAGUGCCACUGUCUUUCCUGCCAGGAUUUGAACUCGAAGUUCAGGUGAUCUUUGUCGACGAAAAGUCUCGAAGUUUUGUGAAGGAAAACGACAACUGCGAUUUUUAUAUAUCCGGUGAUGAAAACUCGUCUGGCAUUCUGGAAAAUCCGAAGCACUCUUUACCGCCGAACACAACUUGUCGUUAUCACUUCCAAGGGAAACUCAAUGAAAUCGUUUGGUUAUCGUUCGUUAAAUAUUACGCCGCCAGCGUGGAAGCUGCUGCGAGUAUCGACACUGCCGCUGAUUGCAAUGCAAAGCUUCUGAUAUGGGAUGGUGAUAUCACAGUGGACAAACUUACUUCCAACCGAAAAAACAUUACCGACAUUACGCUGAUGGGGCAGUUCUGUAAGGACGACAUACCGCGACUCUGCGAUCACAGUCUGUUGCGCAACAGCAGCCGUCACACGCGGCCGUGCAGCCUCGCGGAGAGUUACGUGUCGACCGGCCGCGAUCUCACCCUGGAACACAUAUUGCGCCAGGGUAGCGCGUUGUAUCCGAUAAGUUUCGUGCUGCGCUACGAGUUCGUCCACGAGGCCAUCUCGUGUAACCACGUGUUCACUUCGGUGCCGUCAGCCUCAUCUACGUCUUCCACGUCGUCUUUAUCGUCCUCCUCGUCCUCAUCCUCCUCAUCUUCCUUAUCGUCCAACGCCGGUAAAUUCGCGUCGCCGAAAAACGUGUUCUUCUAUGGUCGCGGUGGGGCGCAGAAUUUGAGCUGCUCGUACAGAUUUGAAGCCGAGCCUGAUCAUAGAAUAGAGCUGUCCUUCGUCAGAGCUUCCUUCGGUGGCAAGAGCUGCGCGUCUUACGUGGACCCGUUGGUGAAUCGAUGGACGUGCGACCGCCGUAUGGCGGAUGUUAAGAAAUUCGGCAUGGCGGAUCUUGUUGUCGCUGAAUAUCCUUGGCAAGGAGUCGAACUGGUUCGCGAUUGUCUGUGCUCAAACGUGAGCGAGAGAAUCGUCGUCCGGACCCUGACAUCGAACGUGGUGGAGGUCAGGUUUACCAUCACGCUCAUGAACGUCACCCAGGAUUACCGAGACUUCUUCUUCGAGGGGGAAUACCGUUUCGUUCCGGUGAGCGCGGAAUCGAGCGAGCACGGAUGCUCGACGAGACUCGAGGAGCGACGAUUGCGCGGCACAAGCGGUGAGAUCUCUCUCAGGAGUCCUCUGCCGCGAGUGAUCCCUGGUCUAGCUGCGGUGGAGGAGAUUCUGACGAACACAGAGGAUCUAACGGCGACGCAAUGUGUGAACGAGCCGUGGUUGAUCGAGCCCGAGGACGCGCGCAUCAAUUUCCUGUACUUGAGAACCGCCGGCUAUGGCAUCACCCUGGACAACGUCAUGGAGUGCACGACUCUCAAUCGAAUCGUCGUCUACUCGGCCGCGAACACGAAGGAGCGCAGCGUGAUCUGUCCGGAGGGUGGGGUCGACACGGCCAGGACCGUCGACUUCUUCUCGGGUGGCUGGAAUUACAGCGCCGUGAACGCGAGUGUGGCGAUGGCGCAGCACUCUCGCAGCUUCGUCGUGGAGUUUCUCCAGCGGGAACCCGGUUUCUAUGCCGUCACGUGGAUCGCGAUCUCCAAACGUUCACCAGCCGCGCCCAAUUCGGGCGCCAACGCGUUUACCAUAUUACCCGCGGAAGAUUGUCCGUACAGGUGUCCAGAGAUCCAGGCGUGUAUCAGCUCGGUCCUGUGGUGCGACGGCGUACGUCAUUGUCCCUCGGGCUUCGACGAGGAAGAGGCUAACUGCUCGUAUCGUUUCGGGGUGACGCUGCUCUACGUCGCGGUGGGCGCCGGUGCCCUCGGUAUAUUCUUGAUCCUCCUGCUGGCCACUGGUUGUCUCAAGUAUUGCCUCUAUCGGCACAAGGCGCGUAAAAAGAAGAAGAACGUCGCCCUGAACGUCAAUCAUCUCCAUGUGAAUCACACUCAUCACAACAACGGCUUGACCGGGAGCCGGUUGAGCGGACGCUACAACCUAGCCACGCCCCAGGAAAUGUACCUGGAGAAUUACGGGAAGGACAGUAUUUGUUGACAAUACGCCAUCGCCAAUAUCGAGACCACCGUGUGAAUAGUCAUGAUUUUUAAAUGCCUACCUCGCUCUGGGCCCUCCCUCCUCCAAUUCCCAUCAACCUCCCCUGAGUAGCGGACCGGAGUGUACGGCAGCCAAACACUCCCAUCCCAAAAAACACACGUUACACGCACACACACACAUACGUACACAUACAGACUUACCUGCGCACAUGGGUACGUACACGUGCGCACACACAUACACACGUAUACAUACUCUCGCAGUAAUCGUACGAAAAUCCCGUAGAAUAUAUCCGAAGCGCAUAGAAGCGAGCGCACGAGACGUGCUGUAGCCACUUGGCUGGUGGCGAACGUAGUCGAGUUCUAUUCCUCUAAUCAAAUCAUAACGAUCGACUUGCUUUGAAUAAGCGGAUCACGAUUCGACACAUUAGAUCGGGGUGGAUGAUAACCGCCCGAGCCUGUCGCGCCGAGAAUGGAUACCAUGGGACGCCUGUAAUCCUCCAGAAAGGAGUCACGAUGAAAGGUAGAUAUAACCGCACCUCGUACGCUCGUGUUUAUGGCAUUUACGAUAAACACCGCAGUAUCAUGGUAGGUUUAGAUACACACGAUUUAGGAGUAAAGAGAAAAGAGAAGAAAGAUACGCGCGCGAGUGGACGAAGAGCGGUGAAAUUGGCGUUUACGCGUACGCAAUGCUUCUAAGAGACGUAGGACACGCUGUUUCCGUUGAGUGCACUUUCUGUCGGUUAUCGAGCGAACAUCGUAAACGUCUACGACGCGAGUACGAUGAUAAAAGUAACGAGAAAUGGAGAGGAAUUGAGAAUAGACGAGUGCUAAAGUACGAGAGAAGCGUUUUAGAUAGCUUUACAUGUGAAUGACGACGCGAUGGACGGGAAAGGAUACGCGAGGAUACGCAAAAACGAUACCGCGAAUGGCAUUCGAAUGAUAUUUGCGGCUGUACCGAGGUCGAAUGUAUUUGUACUCCUUUGAUCUUGAACGCGUGCGUCGCGACGACUCGCACUUAUCGGUAACACCACGUUGCAUUCUAACAUGAGAUCCAGGGGAAAAAAAUUGAUAAGGAGUUAACCGUGAUUAAGGAGGAUUAGAUCAUUGACAUUCGCGCGAGAUCUAUCUCGAUGACCGUUACAAUCGGACUCACGCGCUUCACACCCGUCUAGCCUGAUUUUCUCGUUAGAUCACCUAUGAUUUCGGCCUACGGCCGGACUAGCCGUAGGCUUGGACUACUUACGUUACGCAUUGUUCUAAAUUAGAGUGACUGCACUGGACUGUCUGUUUUUAUAUUAUGUACUAUUAAAAAGUAUUAACCGUUAAAAUUCUUAUCACUUUAGGAUUUAAUUGAAUAUUAAGAUCAUUUGCAAUCUGACAUCGUGACAUUAUGAUCGGGUCCAAAUGAUUGACUUUAAUGAAAAAAGCCGAAUCGACUUUCGUCUCACAAAAUGCUUUUCUGCGAUUAUUCUGAUUAUUAUUACCUUUUCUGAUUAUUAUUACCUGAUGCCAAUCUCUGAUACAGUCUUAAUUAUAUUAUAUUAUAACUGAAUUAUAAUGCAUUAUAUUGUGUUAUUGUAUAAUACAUUAGUAACACACCUGUGACGUGUUCGCGCAUUACGAUGCAAUAAUCGGGUCGCUGGUCUCACUCCAUUCAACGUCGAUCCAACAAACAUUUUUAUAUUAUCCGUGAUUUUCGAUAUUUUGAACUUCAUAGGUGAUUUAUGGGAGACGACGUGAUACGUAGAUAAUUUACUCGUAUAAUCUAGGUUCGGUAAUACGCGCGGCUUGAAUAAGACGUAGAUACCCACGUGUAAUUAAUUGGAUGCCACAGGAGCGUGUACAUCGUAAUCCUGUUAAGCAAAUGAAACGUUAAGCAAAUGGACGCGCAGUCUCCACGCGUUAGCCUAUUAAUAGACAUUGUAUGGUAAAGCACGUCUAACGUACGUCUGUAUGCUGUGAUAGAAGUAAGCGUAUCAACAAUCGGAAAUAAAUCUCUCGCGUAAAUUUCACGUUCGCGUAUGCGCAUCCUCGGAAACGUCCAUCGCCGAAGAUGAAUCACGACCCUUCAAUGCAAUUUUCCUUGGCGAGAUCGAUAUCUUAACGCGGCCCCGCAGCCUGUAAUUUCUAGAUCGUCAAUCGUAUCGGGAAGACACGCGAUGUGUAGUCCAAACCCGCGAUGCAAAAACUCACGAUUUUUUCGAACGUAAUGUGCGUAGUUUGAUAAAAAAUUUGAGAAAAAUUGAUUAAAGCAGACUUGUAGCGAGCCAUUGGGCGAAAAGGCGAUAUAAGUCGAAAAAAAAUAAGAGUUUGAAAUAUUAUUAUAUUAUAUAUUUAAAGAAAACCUAAUCAAAUUAGGAUAAAGUAAAAUUUUAUAUACUUCUUUUUUAAAAACAUAGAAAAUUAUCACAAUAAGAAGCGAUUCGAUUUUAUAUUACAUAUAUUCGUAAUUUUUUCUAUCUAUUUCGAAUUGAAAAAAAUGUUUAAUAUCUCAUUAUUUUAAACAAUAGUUAAUUGUGCAAAGUCUCACAUAAGAACCGUAAUUAAAUUAAAACUGCACUUGCAAUUUUCGAUGUUUUUAUCGCAGUUUAUUAAUUUGCAGUAUUUUGAUACGAUAUGAUAUUUUUGCGAACUUAUAUAUACACUGUUUGUGUCACAGUUUGAAAAUUCUGCAGAGACGUCGGUCGCGUUAAGAUAUUUUUUUGCCAGUCUCAUGAAUUGCUCCGUGAAUAAUUCACUACCUAAGGACAUCGUCUAUCAACGAAUACUGCCGCGAUUAUUAUUUAUUCAUAAAGUUUUAUAAGUCUCUCUUUCUACCCGAAUACGAAAAGCUGUCCGAAUAUAUGACGUUCUGUACUCUAUAUAAGACGCGGAAUCCGAUAACGAGUAACGUACUAGCGAAUAACUGUAGCGUGCGACAGAAGCGAAACUGCAUGGUGCACACCCGCCGGGCUCCUCGAUGUGUUAACCGCGCGAUUGCCACAUUAAAAGACACGUUGAAAAUUUACUCUCAACAUAUCGAAAGUCCGAAAUUAAUUUAAGCGCGCCAUUAUCUAGCCGUGAAAUAGCGAAGUUGUUUUUUUCACCGAGGUAACCGAGGUGACUUCCUUUCGAAAAAGAAACUUUUCCCCGAUUCUCCCUUUACGUAAAGUACCGUCAAAAAGGAAAAGAAGAGGAAGCCUUUCACACGAAAUUUUUUAUAUAUCCUCGACUCGGUGGUUCUUCCCGCGGUUCGCGAUAAAUAAAUCUAUAUAAAUAAGUAAACGCGCAAGUCCUUCGACGACGGAGACCGACGUAAUAAACAUUGUGGGACGCAUCGUUUUCUAUUCAUAAGGGAACGACGAUUUAUAUUAUUUUCUCCGGCAACUUUCUCGGCACCGAAAUGUUGGUUGCGACCCUUUAAAAAGCAUCCGCGGAAAGUCGUCGCCGCGCAGCCGAGGCGGAUCAGCAUCGAGAAAGAGAGAGAGAGUAAUUCUUCCGACGCGGAUAUGAAUCUAUAAACUGUGGAGCGUGUAGUCAUCAUAUGGGAUUUAUACGGUACGACUCGACUCCACGUCGCGCUCAAUCGAGAAUGCGUCCUACGAUUACGAAACUAUAGUACUAUGCAUGUAUGUAAGAACGUACACGAAAAAAAAAAAUAACCCAAAAAAAAGGAAAAAAAAUGCCGUAGCACAAACUGGCUCGCACACACGUAGCUAAAAAAAAAAGUGGAUGGUAAAGAGUUUUGAAUCAAAGAGGCCUUGAUUCAACGACGUUUCUAAGCAAGUAUUACGCGUUACACGAUGUAUUGUAAUCCCGUGUUUAUAAUUUUAAUAAAAUACCAUCGCGUUAAAGAAACCCAGCAGAUCAGCCGUGAGCAAGUGCAUUAUUGAUCAAUUUAUUAUCGUUUCGUUCUUCCUCAGAAACAACUUUCUCUCCGAAUACAUUUUAUACUCAUGAAAAAUUAUAUGAAGACACAUGAUCCAAUGUCCAAAGUUCUGUUUUUACAUAAAUCUAUGUAAUGAACGAAUGACUGCCAGAAGAAUUAUUCACCGUUGGAACGUAAGAAUCUCCAAAUUAUCGUCCUUAUUUUCAAAAAUUUCUAUUUUCUCAAGUAAAUAUUAAUUUAAACAUAGUUGAUAUUC